UCAUCAGAAUUCAAAAUGCAACAGCUGGUUUCUUGUCUGGGUGUAUGGUUUUUCCUACAGCUUCCCAACCUUGGUUCUGGAACACGUGUAGUCUACAAAGUACAGGAAGAGCAGCCACCCAAUACACUCAUUGGAAGUCUGGCAGCAGACUAUGGCUUCCCAGAUGUAGGGCAUCUCUAUAAAUUAGAAGUGGGUGCCCCCUAUCUACGUGUUGAUGGCAAGACUGGUGAUAUCUACACCACAGAAACUUCCAUUGAUCGGGAAAGCCUGAGAGAGUGCCAGCACUUGUUCCCAGGAGAUCCUUGUUUUCUGGAGUUUGAGGUUUCUAUCACAGACCUGAUGAACAAUAGCCCUCGCCUACUAGAGGGACAGAUUGAAGUGAUGGACAUCAAUGACAAUACACCCAACUUUGCAUCUCCUGUCAUCACACUAGCCAUUCCUGAAAAUACCAACAUUGGUGCACUUUUCCCUAUUCCAUUGGCCAUGGAUCGUGAUGCUGGUGCCAAUGGUGUUGCUUCCUAUGAGCUCAUGCCUGGUUCAGAUGCCCAAAAACUUUUUGGCUUGCAAGUAGCAGAGGAUCAAGAUGAGAAACAGCCACAACUAAUUGUAAUGGGAAACCUAGACCGAGAGCAGUCAGAGUCCUAUGACUUAACUAUCCGUGUUCAAGAUGGGGGUAGCCCACCUCGUGCUAGCAGCGCUUUGUUGCGAAUCACCAUUCUGGACAUGAAUGAUAAUGCACCGAAGUUUGAGAAACCAUUGUAUGAGGCUGAACUUUCAGAAAAUAGUCCUAUUGGUCACUCUGUACUGCAGGUGAAAGCGAAUGAUUCUGAUCAGGGUGCCAAUGCUGAGAUUGAUUAUUCCUUCCAUCAGGCUUCAGAUGUAAUUCAUCGGCUGCUACGCUUAGACAGAGCCACUGGACUCAUCACAGUACAAGGUCCUGUUGAUCGUGAAGAUAUUAAUGUGCUCAAGUUCUCAGUGUUGGCUAAGGACAAGGGAGCUAAUCCCAAAACUGCCCGUGCCCAGGUAGUGAUCAGUGUCAGGGAUAUGAAUGAUAAUGCUCCUUCCAUUGAAAUUCGUGGUAUUGGUUUGGUGACUCAUCAGGAUGGCAUUGCCAAUAUUUCUGAAGAUGUGCCAGUUGAGACACCUGUGGCUCUUGUACAAGUGUCUGAUCGGGAUGAGGGUGAAAAUGCUGUUGUGACCUGUGUGGUGGCUGGUGAUGUACCUUUUCAGCUACGACAAGCCAGUGAUACUGGCAGCGAUAGCAAAAAGAAAUACUUUCUACAGACCACUACACCCCUGGAUUAUGAAGCUGUGAAAGAAUAUACCAUUGAGAUUGUAGCUGUGGAUUCUGGUAAUCCACCCCUGUCAAGCACCAAUUCCCUAAAAGUGCAGGUGAUGGAUGUCAAUGACAAUGAUCCAGUGUUUAGCCAGAGCUCAACAGAGGUGGCAUUUCCUGAGAAUAAUUCCCCAAAUGACUUGGUGGUAGAAGUGAGUGCUACUGAUGCAGAUAGUGGAUCUAAUGCUAAACUGAUCUACUCUCUUGCUGGAGAAUCUUUAUCAAAAGACACCUUCUCAAUUGAUCCAGAAUCUGGUGAAAUCCAUGUAAAAAAUGUGCUGGAUCGGGAACAGCAAGAACGCUAUGAAUUCUUGGUAGUUGCAACUGACAAGGGUAGCCCUAGCCGCAAAGGAACUGCCUCAAUUGCUAUCAGUGUCAUGGAUCGCAAUGAUAAUGAUCCAAAAUUCAUGCUCAGUGGCUACAAUUUUUCUGUCACGGAAAACAUUCCACCACUGAGUCCAGUGGGCAUGGUGACAGUUAUUGAUGCAGACAAAGGAGAUAAUGCUGUCAUUCAACUCUCAGUGGAACAGGAUAAUGGUGACUUUGUAAUCCAAAAUGGUACUGGAACCAUUCUCUCCAGUAUAUCUUUUGAUCGUGAACGACAGAGUACUUACACUUUCCGUCUUAAAGCUGUGGAUGGGGGAGAUCCACCAAGAUCUGCUUAUGUGGGGGUGACAAUCAAUGUAUUAGAUGAGAAUGACAAUGCUCCUGUAAUUAUAUCUCCAUCCAAUGCUUCCUAUAAACAUAUUCUACCUAACACUAGUCCUGGGCAACAGGUUAUGAGUGUUGGAGCUGAAGACAUUGAUUCUGGGAUCAAUGCUGAAUUACUAUUUAGAAUUGCUGGUGGAAACCCCUUUGAACUCUUUAAGAUUUCAUCUGUAAGUGGAAAUAUCACAUUAGAAAAAGAGAUUCUCCGCAAGCAUCAUGGACUUCACCGCUUGGUUGUACAUGUAAAUGACAAAGGGAAACCUUCUCAUCAUGGCACAGCAUUAGUUCAUUUUUAUGUGAAUGAAACAUUGGCUAACCGGACACUGCUGGAGACUCUAGUAGGACACAGCUUGGACACACCUAUUGAUAUUGACAUUGCUGGUGAUCCAGAGUACGAGCGCAACAAGCAGCGCAGUAAUAUUUUGUUUGGAGUCAUUGCAGGCAUAGUAGCUGUCACCUUGAUAAUUUUGCUUGUUGUGCUGGUACGCUACUGUCGUCAAAAGGAGGCCAAAAGUGGUUAUCAAGCUGGCAAAAAGGAAACUAAGGAUCUGUAUGCUCCCAAACAAAGUAGCAAAGGGAACAACAAAGCUAAAGGCAAAGUGAAAAAAAGCAAAUCCACUAAGCCACCAAAACCAACUGAGGAUGAAGAAGAAACAGGUCUGCAGAAAUCUCUUAAAUUCAACCUUAUGAAUGAUUCAGUAAGUGACAGUCCCCGCAUUCAUCUGCCUCUUAAUUAUCCACCUGGAAGCCCUGACUUGGGUCGCCAUUACCGUUCCAAUUCACCUUUGCCUUCCAUUCAACUGCAACCCCAAUCACCAUCUGCCUCCAAGAAGCAUCAGGUAGUACAGGAUCUCCCAGCCACCAAUACAUUUGUGGGCACUGGGGACAGCAAUUCUACAGGCUCGGAGCAGUAUUCAGACUACAGCUACCGUACCAACCCUCAGAAAUACACCAAUAAACAGUUACCUCAUCGUCGAGUGACAUUCUCUGCAGCCAAUCAGGCUCAAGAUCUGCAGGAUCCCUCCCAGCACAGUUACUAUGACAGUGGCCUUGAAGAGUCAGAAACACCAAGCAGCAAAUCUUCAUCAGGGCCUCGAAUAGGGCCUCUGGCUCUACCCGAGGACCACUAUGAGCGCACCACACCUGAUGGCAGCAUUGGUGAGAUGGAACAUCCUGAGAAUGAUCUCCGACCUUUGCCUGAUGUAGCCUUGACAGGGACCUGUACUCGAGAAUGCACAGAAUUUGGUCACUCUGAUACCUGUUGGAUGCCAGGUCAGUCCUCUCCAAACCGGCGGCCCAAGAAUGCCCUCAAAUUCUCCACAUUUGUGCCUUAUCAAGACAGAGGGAGUCAAGAACAAGUUGGGAAUGGAAGCCCCAGACUCUCAGAAGAGCGCAACACCAAAAUGGCUAACCUCCGCCUGCUCCCCACAUACAGUGCCUUCUCCAACAGUAGCCAUGAGCCCUGCAAGAAUUCCCCCAUGGAGGAAAUCCCUCUCACCCAGACCUCAGACUUCCAGACAGCCACCACACCAUCAUCCCAAACUGCCAAACGAGAGAUCUACCUGUGAGAAUGAGGAGGCCAUAUAAAGUAUCUGA